GUAGGGCCAACUGUUACUGUCACGUGACUGUCGCCGAACGUCACAUGUCAACAUGGCUGCCGCUGUCUCAAGCGAACAUUUCGAGAACUUACAGCUUCUUUUGAAGGCUCCGUCUAAAGACGCAGUGAGGGACGUUUGUCUUCAGAGUCACAGAGGUCCAAGUCGUCGGCUGGCAGAGACCACGGCAGCCACACUCAGCAUCUCUGCAGCCCAGGCUGCUCAGCUGGUCCAGUCUCUCCAUGUUCUGUCUCAUCACGUCCUCUUCUAUAAUCUCAGCUCUCCGGAGCAGAUCCUCGAGCUCUUCCCAGACUCGUUCCACUCUAGCUUAAAGAACCUGAUCACCAAGAUCCUGCUGGAGAACAGUCCAACAUGGAAAACAGAUGCUCUCAGUGAUCAGAUCUCUCUCCCCCAGCUGAAGGAGUUGGACUGGAGAGUCGACAUGGUUACAGGCUCAGACUCCAUCAGUCGGAUGUCCGUCCCGACCUGCCUUGUUCAGCUGAAGAUGGAGGAUCCGUGUCCGACAGCAGGCAGUGAGUCCGUUUCCGCUGUGACGGUGGAGCUGAGCCGCGAGUCUCUGGACACCAUACUGGAUGGACUGGGACGCAUCAGAGACCAGUUGUCUGUGGUCGCUGGGAAAUGAGGACUAGAGACAUCUGAUUGGCUUGUUCAUAUAAUGACAUCACAGCUCUCUCAGUGGACUUUACAGACUGAAUCUGAAGCUGCCUGUCGCUGAUGUUUUGUUUCAGCGUAAAAGAUCUUCACGUUUGACUGAUUUCAUUCCACAUUGUUUAAAAUAUUUGUUGUUUUCUCUCUUCUGGUUGUUAAUCCUGAACUAAUUAACAAGUUGAUAGAUUUACAGAAAUGUAUGUAUUGUGAUAACUGAUUUAGCAUCAGUGAAAAUACACAAUAUUGAAACUGCAAGAAUAUUACUGUUCAAUUCUUGAUCAUCAGAUAAUGUAGGAAUUAAUAGCUGUCAUUCUGUGAUGGAAAUUUGUCAUGUUGAAAUUUCGUACAAUAAAUAAUAAAAUAUUUAAAAA